GUUGUUGGUGAGACAAGGACCCAUUGACGGUUCCGCAACCUGAGAGAGAGUGUUGGCUGUGUGGUUUGGAAAGAAAGUAGCGAAUACAAGAUAGUUGGAAAGUUGUAAGUUGAAAGACAGCCAUUCACUCUCCAACUUGGUUAUUUUGUAAAAAUAAUAUGAGCCAAGGUUGCUUGUAACUUGUUUGGAGGUGGAAGUGUUUUAAUUGAGCACCAUGUUUGGACGUCACAAGUCUUCCAGGAGUAUAGAAGAAAACGUUCGAGCAGAUGCUGUUCAUGAAAAACGUCGCGUGUUGAUGGAAAUUGGAAAUAGCUUGUCUUCAAGGAUAUACAAUGCUUUUUUUGUUAAAAGACAAAAAUCAAUUGCAGUCUCUGAUGAAAUAACGAGUAUCAAUCCAACGAUGAUUAGUUCCGUCGAAGAUGAAGGCACUGCGGGGGAUUUCCUGUAUUGUAAUUCCCCACUUGACUUGCGUCAGGAAGAUUCUUCCCAAAGUGGAAGGCGAGAUAAAGCCAGUGACUUUUCGGAAUUGCCAUACUUAGAGGGAGGAGAGUACAAGGAUGAUGUGUUCAGGGUUUUAUUGAGCUGUGAAAAACGUUGUUUUCCGGAAGCUUCAUACGUCGACGAUAUGAAAGCUACUCAAUCUGAAAUUUCACCAAACAUGCGGGCUAUUUUGAUGGAUUGGUUAGUGGAGGUAGCUGAAGAAUACAAACUAUCCAACGAGACGUUGCAUCUAGCUUGCAAUUAUAUCGAUAGAUUUCUCAGUCGGUGUUCUGUGAGUAAGAAAAAUCUUCAGUUAUUGGGAGUUGUUUGCUUGUUAGUGGCAUCCAAGUAUGAAGAAAAGUAUCCACCACACGUGGAUGAGUUUGUGUACAUUACGGAUAACACUUAUACGAAGGAAGAAGUACUCUCAAUGGAAAUGUUGGUGAUGAAAGUUUUGAAAUUUUCAUUUACAGCAGCAUCCAGUUAUCAGUUUGCAAGUAUUUUCGGUAGUUGGGGAAAUUUGAAUGAAGUUGUGAAAAGUAUUUCUUUCUUCCUAUGUGACCUUUCGUUGGUGGAUUUUUCGUUGUCCAAGUAUUUACCUAGUGACAUUGCAACUGCAGCGGUUUGUUUGGCUAGAUUGAGUUGUAACGAGUGUUUAUGGGAUGAUAUGUUAGCAGAAUUGACUCACAAGCGAAUGGAGGAUGUAUUGCCUUGUUUGUUGACUUUGCGUCGUGUGUGGGAAGAAUGUGCUUAUUCCAAGUUACAAGCAGUGCGAGUUAAGUAUCAUUCGCCAAAGUAUCAUUAUGUUUCGUCACGAACACCGCCUACGUUGGAUACGAAUGAAUAAACCCUAAAAGGGGUUGUUGCUUUUAAAAUAAAAGUUUCUUAUAUAAAUUUGUUUUUGGGGUU